AUGAUCAAUUCACCAACCUUCGCAGCCGGUCACACCAACGACAACCCUUUCCAGCGCCUGGAGGGUUGCCGCAAAGGCGAAUCCACGAAAGGCCUCCACAACCUCAAACAAUACCUCCAGAAAUUCGGCUACUACCUCAAUCACAACAACAACAACGACACCAACUUUAACGUAGCCGCCAUCACCCACCAAAACGACGACGUAUUCGACGAGCUCCUCGAGGCAGCAAUCAAGCUAUACCAACUCACUCACCACAUCCCCGCUUCCGGCUCCUUGGACCGCGCCACCACGGCCCAAAUGACGAUCCCGAGGUGCGGCGUACCGGACCACAACCUUAUUUCAGCAGUGAUGUUGGACCCCGACGCCGCAACAAACAAAGGAGGCCCAAAGAAGGAUUACAGAUUCUUCAAGGGCGAGCCCAAGUGGAACCAGAACCGGUUCCGCUACAAGUUCUUCCGCGGCCGCCCUCCCGCCGGGCUGAAGGAAGCCACGUACAAGUCCGCCGUGGCCCGAGCUUUCCGGAGCUGGUCAAACGUGACGCGGUUCGCGUUCGAGAAUGUGGACAGCAGGGUGCUGCUGAACGUCGACAUGACGAUUGCGUUCUACUCGCGGGACCACGGGGAUGGGAACCCGUUUGAUGGGCCUAAAGGGACCUUGGCCCAUGCGGCCCAGCCGCGCUACGGUUUGUUCCAUUUGGACGCGGACGAGAAGUGGACCGACAACCCGAGGAAGAAAGACCAGUUCGAUCUGGAGUCCAUUUCGUUGCAUGAGAUUGGGCAUAUGUUGGGGCUUGACCAUAGCGACGACAAGAGUGCGGCCAUGUACGCUUAUUUGGAUGGCGGGAAAACUAAGCGGAGGUUGCAGAGUGCGGAUAUCAGGGGCAUCAAAACACUCUACAAGCUGCGUUGA